CCUCUUUCUCUCGCUCACUAACUCACUCUCACACACAAACUGGGAGAGGGCUGCGUCUUUUCUUCGCCGGGACAUACACUCUCAUUCACAGGCGCGCACACUAACGAGGCGACGUGCAUAUAUGUCCCUACAUGCAACAAAUCUGUCUACAAGGAGGACGCCACGGUUUUGCUUUUUGUGUGCAAAUCUUUUCCAAAAAGGACAGUUUACUAUCAUAGCCUAUUUAUCUAUUUAUUUAUUUUCUUUUUGUCUAUUUUGCGGAGUUUUCUUUGCGACCGUGAGCAGCAGCAGCGGAGGAUUUAACAUGCCAGACGUCUGAGAAGACGUCUAUUCCCUCUUUCCCCCCAGGAUUCCCCCCACUCUGUGUGAAUACAGAAGAUGAGGGCAAAAAUGAUCCAAACCAAAGGAAAUAUAUUCUCUUCAGCACCAUUCAAACUACUGCUGUUGGUCGCGCUUGUGCACGGCGCAACCGGUAAGACUUUGAAAUAUAAAGUUUACGAGGAGCAGAAAGUGGGCACGGUUAUCGCAAGGUUAAAGGAAGAUGUAGCUGGGGUUUUGUCCAAACUGCCGAGUUCCCUGACCUUUCGGUUCCGCGCUAUGCAGCGGGGGAGUACGCCGUUCCUGUCUGUCCGAGAGGAGGACGGGGAGAUCAGCAUUGGCACCAAAAUCGACCGCGAGAAGCUUUGCGAGAAAAACUCCAACUGCUCGAUUGAAUUCGACGUGGUCACACUGCCGACGGAGUACCUGCAGCUGUUCCAUGUGGAGGUGGAAGUGCUGGACAUAAACGACAACUCGCCGCACUUCUCCCGCGCCAUCGUCCCCAUCGAGAUCUCCGAGAGCGCAUCCGUUGGGACGCGCGUCCCGCUGGACGGCGCCAUGGACGCGGACGUGGGGGAAAACUCCCUGCAUACAUAUUCCCUAACGCCAAAUAACUUCUUCAAGAUCGACGUGAGGACCCGGACGGACGGGGCCAAGUACGCAGAGCUGGUGGUGAUGAGGGACUUGGACCGGGAGGUGCAGUCCAGCUACCAGCUGCAGCUCACGGCCUCGGAUAACGGCGUGCCCCCAAAGUCUGGCUCCACUUUGCUCAAGAUCAGCAUCUCGGAUUCCAACGACAACAGCCCAGCCUUUGAUGAGCAGGCUUAUAUCAUCAAUUUGCUGGAAAACUCCCCCCUAGGGACUCUGAUCAUUGAUUUAAACGCCACAGAUCCGGACGAGGGCACUAAUGGGAAAAUAGUGUACUCUUUCAGCAGUCACGUCUCGCCAAAGAUCUUAGAAACCUUUAAGAUCAACCCGGAUAAUGGCCACAUUACUCUUAUUAAAAAAGUGGACUUUGAAACUACUGCCUCCUAUGAGCUGGAUGUACAGGCCCACGACUUGGGCCCUAAUUCCAUUCCUGGGCUUUGCAAAAUUGUGGUGAAGGUGGCGGAUGUAAACGACAACAAACCCGAGAUAAACAUCAACCUGAUGACGCCUGGCAAAGAGGAAGUGGCGUACAUUUCAGAGGGCGCCCCAGUGGACACCUUCAUCGCUCUGGUACGCGUGGACGACAGCGACGCGGGGCUCAAUGGCGAGGUGAUGUGCAGGCUGCACGGACACGGCCACUUCAGACUCCAGAAGACCUAUGAGAAGAACUAUAUGAUCCUCACCAAUGUCUCGCUGGACAGGGAGAAGAGGUCCGAGUACAGUCUGACGGUCAUAGCCGAGGACAGGGGCUCCCCCAGCCUCUCCACCAUCAAACACUUCACCGUCCAGGUGCUUGACGAAAACGACAAUCCUCCGUCUUUCGAAAAGAGCCGCUACGAGGUCUUCAAAUCCGAGAACAACUCCCCCGGAGCCUACCUAAUGACCGUGGUGGCCUCGGAUCCAGACCUGGGCACCAAUGGCCAGGUCACCUACACCGUCCUAGAUGCUCUGGUGCAGGGGAGCCCCAUCUCCACCUAUGUCACCAUUGACCCUUCCAAUGGCGCCAUCUACGCCUUACGCAGCUUUGACCACGAAGACGUCAGCCGGAUUUCCUUCACCGUGCAGGCACGUGACGGGGGAAACCCAGUGCUGACAACCAACACCACCGUCCUUCUGACUGUCCUGGAUGAAAAUGACAACGCGCCCAUCAUUCACUCCCCGUCCCUCCGAAACCACACCGCCGAGCUGCCGGUGUGGAAGUACGCAUCGCCCGGUCAGCUUAUCACCGCGCUCAAAGUUACAGACCGCGAUGCCGGUGCCAAUGGAGAAGUGACCUGCGCCAUCGUCGGUGGCAACGAGGACGGGCUGUUUGUGAUGGACGCCCGGCGAUGUGAGCUCAGGACCAACGCCAGUCUGGUGCAGGCUCCUCGGGACGUGAUGGAGAUUAGGGUGGAAGUGCAGGACAGGGGCACCAAUCGGCUGCUCACAGGUGCCCUCUUCAGGCUCUCCCUGCAGGAGAAUAUGGACAUCCUCCCCCCUCUCUACCCCACCGGCUCCAGCCAGGCGCCGCUGGAUCUCUCCCUCAUCGUCAUCAUCUCUCUGGGCGCUGUUUGCGCUCUGCUGCUCAUCGUCAUGGUGAUGUUUGCCACUGCCCGCUGCAACCGCGAAAAGAAAGACCCCAGACACAACUACAACUGUCGCGUGGCAGAGAACAGCUACCAGAACCACCCCAAGAAGCCCGCCAGGCAGAUCCACAAGGCGGACAUCACCCUGGUCCCAACCGUCAAUGGGACUCUGCCAGUGCGUGCCCACCCUCACUCCCCCCCAGGCUCCCCUACACCAGAGAGGGGCACCCUAGGGAGCAGGCAGAGCCAUCACAGCCGCCAGUCGCUCAACAGCCUGGUCACCAUCUCCUCCAUUCACGUGCCGGAGAACUUUGCACUCGAGCUGGCCCACGCCACCCCUCCUGUGGAGCAAGUCUCACAGCUUCUGUCCAUGCUCCAUCAGGGCCAGUACCAGCCACGACCAAGCUUCAGAGGCAACAAAUACACCCGGAGCUACAGAUAUGCCUUGAAUGAGAUGGAUAAGUUCAGUCUGAAGGACAGCGGACGUGGAGACAGUGAGGCAGGGGACAGCGACUACGAGCCCGGCAGGGAGUCACCCAUGGACCGGCUCCUUGGUGAGGGCUUUACUGAGAUAUAUGCUCCUGAUGGCCAGCGCAGAACGCAUGCAGCUAUGAGGCUCUGCACAGAGGAGUGUCGUGUCCUGGGUCACUCAGAUCAGUGCUGGAUGCCCCCCCUGGCCUCCCCGGCCUCCUCCGCCGACUACCGCAGCAACCUCUAUAUCCCUGGAGAAGAAGCCCACCAAGCAACCGACCUCUCCCAGGAAAAGACACCGCAGCCAUGCACCGACGCUGGCCCUGCCCGGAACCAGAGCUUCUCUACUUUCGGCAAGGACCUGGGGGGUGAGGACGGUGGAGACGAGGAGGAGCGAGGGGAAGCUGGGGGCGAGGCCAGGGAUGAAGACUUGUGCGGGACCACGUCGUUGCUGUCAGAGAUGAGCAGUGUGUUCCAGCGCUUGCUACCGCAGGGUCUGGACUCGUAUGUCCAGGUCAACGAAAACCAUAAGGGGACUAGUCUCAGCGGGGUGGGGGUACCCAUGACUGGAUCCUUGGAUCGCAGGAGGGGCCAUCUCCCCGGCAAGCCCAAUCCCUCCGUCCACCAGCAGGGCGUGGCAGCUUGGGCCGCUAACACCCACUUCCAGAACCCGGGAAGCAGCAUCGGCCCAUCUGGCCACCACCAGGGGGGCAGCUACCACACCCUAAAACCCUGCACGAAGCUUGGCUCCCAGAGUAGCAGCCACAAGGGCUUGCAGGCACCCAAAAACAGCCCCCAGAACAGCGGCCACACCCCUAAACCCCAUAACAGCCCCCUUCUCACGGCACUGGUCAGCCCCACUAUGGUGCAGCCGUCCCCCGCGCCUGUGCCAUUGCCGGUGCCGCUCCCCGGGCCCUCUUCCAAGUGGCUGCCGGCCAUGGAGGAAAUCCCGGAGAACUACGAGGAGGACGAUUUUGACUCUGUGCUCAGCCACUUUCAGGGCAAACGCAGCGACAGCCGACAUGAGCUGGUGGACGCCAGCGAGCUGGUGGCCGAGAUCAACAAACUCUUACAGGAUGUCCGGCAGAGCUAGACUCCCUGUUUUGUAUCCUCUUUUAUUUAUUCACCACCCCACUGACUGCUUCCUUUACUUCCCAAUAAAAAGUGAGGACAUAUGGGUGGCAAAGAGAAAGACGGGGAAAAUAAAGACAAAAAACAAGACCUGCAAUUGUCGUUAAAGUUGCAUUUCUAAUGUAAUAAUUGUGUUUUGUGAAUGCUAAAUAUCCCAAAAAAAUUGUUUGUAAUUGCUGGUUCGGUACACAAUGUACACUGUGUGACUGUAUUUAUCUUUGUAUUUUAAAAAUACAUUUGUAUACUUAUAUUUAUAAAAAAAGUGUAUAUAAACUUAACAUAAAAGUCUAUUUUUUAUAUUUUCAAUGCAUGUUGAGUAAAAACGUUGAAUCAAGACUUUGACAUGCGAUUGACAUUCUACAUAUUUAAAUUGUCUUUUGUAUUGUGAUUCUUUUUUAUUUGUCACUAUAUGUAUACAUGAAUAUAUCAGUGAAUUAAUGGACACGUGUCUUUGUGGAUUAUUGUGGGGAAGGGGACCGUACACAAAUAAAAAUAUUAAACAAAUAUU